AUGAACAAUCCAGGUUGGGACAAAUUCGCCCAGGACUUCCAGAAACGGGCACAAGAGAUUGCUAAGAAGCAGGGCGGUCGUAGACCUCCGGGAUCCCCGCUGGGUAUGUUUGCUGGACUCGGCGGACUUUUGUUGUUGGGUGCUGGUGCCCUGUUCGUUGACAAUGCUCUUUACAACGUGAACGGUGGUGAACGGGCAGUUAUUUACGACAGAUUGAAGGGUGUUCGUCCGGAAGUGGUGGGAGAAGGAACCCACUUGAAGAUCCCGUUCAUUCAAUUCCCAACUAUUUAUGAGAUCCGUGCCAAACCAAGAAGCAUUGCCUCCUUGACGGGAACUAAAGACUUGCAGAUGGUGAACAUUACCUGCAGAGUUCUUUCUCGGCCGGAAGUCAGCUCUUUGCCUCUGAUCCAUCGUACGUUGGGCAAAGACUACGACGAGAGAGUUCUUCCGUCGAUUGUGAACGAAGUGUUGAAGGCAGUUGUUGCCCAGUUCAACGCUGCCCAGCUCAUCACACAGAGAGAGAAAGUCUCGAGACUUGUGAGAGAAAACCUGGUCAGAAGAGCAGCCAACUUCAAUAUCCUGCUGGAUGACGUGUCGUUGACAGCCAUGACGUUCUCGCCAGAGUUCUCCACAGCGGUGGAGGCUAAACAGAUUGCUCAGCAAGACGCUCAAAGAGCAGCAUUUAUUGUCGACAAAGCUAUUCAAGAAAAGCAAAGUUUGGUGGUCAAGUCGCAGGGAGAUGCCAAGUCUGCGCAGCUGAUUGGUGAUGCGAUCAAGAAGUCCAAGGACUAUGUGGAGCUCAAGAGACUCGACACCGCCAAGGAGAUCGCCACCAUUUUGGCUAGAUCUCCAAACAGAGUCGUCCUGGAUAACGAGGCCUUGUUGCUGAAUACCGUGACCGACUCGAGAGUGACCAAGAAAUAG